AUGAUGGAUGCACUGGCGCAUUUUCCUGUCGUGGAUCACGGCGCUGUGCGCGCCAUCGUCGCUUGGCCAGUGGAGACGCUUGGUCAUUCAUUAGAGUUGGCCGCCUGGUCUUGGGCACGGUUGUUGAGCUCCAUCACAACCGACCAAUCUCCAGUCUUUCUAUUGAAUGGAUCUCUAAUCAAAGUAGAUUUAUUCGCCGAAGCCAUUCGGCCAGCGAACUUAGACGCAUUAUCCAAACUAUCUGGACUUUCUACAAAGCUCACCGCGGUGGUCGUGGGCAACGAUCCAUCAAACCUUCAUUUUUCUGUUCCGCUUUCUCCUUCGCUGACGUGGUUCGUGGACCCGACUACUGAAACGAGCACGUUGCAUUCUACAAACAUGGAUGUUGCGGCCGUACAUCACUUGGGCACUCGACUCUCCCAGAUGGUGCAAGAGCAGGCCAAGUCAGGCACACAGCUAGAACUGUCUGUUUCGGAACUGUCUACCAUGUCUAUCGCCAAUCCAUGUCCCUGCACACUACCAGGCCCACAACUACUUCAUAACCUAGCCCUGAGUGGUUCAGAUGAGUCAGGUCCCAAUAAUGCUAUCGAGUUUCUGGCCGCGGAUGGAAACAUCCGCUGCCUGUCAUACCCUUCUCUGGAUCGGCUGUCUUCAAAGCUGGCGGUCGAAAUUGCCCAUGCUGCGGCUACCCGGUCUGAUGGGACGCGCAGGAUGGUAGUUCCUGUGCUCCUACCGCAAUCCUUGGAGCUGUACAUCACCUGGCUGGCCAUCCUGAAGGCAGGCGGUGCCUUUUGCCCAUUGAACACGGAUGCGCCACCAGAACGGAUAGAAUUUAUUCUGCAGGAUGUAGCAGCAUCGGUGGUGGUCACAAAUGGUGCGCUGGUCGCCCGAGUGCCCUCAAACGUGCCGGUGGCGGUGAUCAAUGCGGAUGGGAUUGAAGCCGACGAGGCGGAUGUCGCACCGCCAGUCGUUCAGGUAGCACCGUCGGAUCUGGCGUACGUGAUGUAUACAUCUGGCUCAACUGGUCGCCCCAAAGGCGUUGGGAUUUCACAUCUGGCUGCCACUCAAUCUUUGCUGGCCCAUAAUGACUUGAUACCUCCAUUCAAUCGAUUCUUACAAUUUGCAUCCCCCACAUUUGAUGUCUCUGUGUUUGAAGUGUUUUUCCCCUUCAUGCGAGGCGCCACCCUCAUCGGCUCUGAGAGGGAGAACAUGCUCCUCGAUAUCUCCCAUGUGAUGACGGUGAUGAAAGUCGAUGCCGCCGAGCUGACUCCCACCGUAGCGGGAGAGCUGCUGCGUACCCGCUCCGCCGCACCCUCCUUAAGAGUUUUGCUCACGAUCGGUGAAAUGCUCACUAAACACGUGGUGGAGGAGUUUGGACAGUCGGAAUCCUCGGACGGGAUUUUGCAUGGGAUGUACGGUCCAACCGAAGCUGCAAUCCACUGUACCGCAGCCAUAGGAUUCCAGUCCAAUGCGCGAGUAAAUUUGAUUGGGCAACCUUUCAAAACCGUAUCUGCCUUUAUCAUGUCCCUGGAAUCCGAAGACAAGUCUACCUCCGAGGAGCUUCAAAUACUACCAAUGGGCGAGAUUGGUGAGCUUGUUGUGGGCGGCCCGCAGCUGGCAGACGGAUACAUCAAUCGACCAGAAGAGAAUGCCAAGGCUUUUAUUGACAGCCCAUGGUAUGGUAGACUCUAUCGUACCGGUGAUAAAGCUCGAAUGCUGCCAUCGGGUGAGAUUGAGUGCUUUGGUCGCAUCUCUAGCGGCCAAGUCAAGCUGCGUGGUCAGCGAAUCGAACUAGGCGAGAUUGAGCAUGUCAUUCUCAGGGCUUCUGAGGUGCGAAGUGCUGUGGUCAUCGUGGGUGGUGGUAGCUUGGCCGCGUUUGUCCUGGUCAAUGAUAAAAGCCUCACUGACCGCCAACUCCGCGACAUCUGUCGCCAACAAUUACCUCGCUUUAUGGUGCCGGGCGAGUUUAUACUACUUGAUCAAUUUCCCCAGCUCCCAUCGGGCAAGAUUGACCGUAAGGCACUAGAGGCCGAUUUUGCUCGUCGCCGCGCUGAUCUCCAGUCUAUUGAUCAACGGACCUUCCGAGAUGAGCUCGAAGAGACUAUUGCAUCCUGUGUUACCGACGUUCUUGGCAGACAACUUCCGUCAACUGAAAGUCUGGUAGCAGGUGGCCUGGACUCUUUAGCAGCGAUCCGAUUGGCUUCACAUCUCCUGGAUGCGGGUAUUCGCCUCGAUGUAGCUCAUUUGCUGGAUGCCGACUGUAUCGAUGGGAUUUGGCAGCUUGCGAAAGAAAUGGAGACCACAAAGCCAACCGAAGAUACGCAGGCCGGUCUUUCCAAGGUUCAUGAAUUAGUUGCGAUUGCCGGUGCAGCCAGGCUAGAAUCUCUAGGGUUAAGCUCGCAGGUUAUCGAGAUCCAACCAAGCACCCAUAUCCAGCAGGCAAUGAUACUGGAAACAUCUCGACAUGCGAAAGCGUACUGCAACUGGAUUGAAUUGGAGUUCCAAUCCUCAUCCACAUCAAUCUCAGUCCAGAGUGCAUUCGUCAAAUUGCUGGAGCAGAAUCCGUUCUUGAGAUCUGGGUUUGUGGAAAUUGGUCUAAAGGACCACUCAUUUGCCCGCUUCACGUGGAAAGCUUUUGAUGAAGAGCUUAUUCAAAAACGCGAUGUCUUUGAAUAUGACGUAUCCCUGCUUACAGAACAUGAUCUUCUUCAUCCUCUUCGAAUCCAGUUCAAAGAGACCCAGGACAGUCUACGGGUCCUGGUCCAUAUUCAUCAUUCAUUGUACGAUGGAUGGUCCUGGCAAUUGAUGUUGAAAGAUCUUCAUCGCAUUUUGCUUGGAGAGGAACUUCCUUCUCGGCCUACGUACAAUCUGGUGUCAGAUUUUUUCAUUGAGCACAAAUUCAGUGAAAAGACGAACGAAUCCUCUCUUUUCUGGCGUGACCAAUUACAAGGGUUCUCUCCUACCCCUUUCCCCGAUUUCCAAGGGAAGACAGAUGUCACACCGAGUACAAGGGAAACCACUCGGGUGCUCAACAUUGCCGUGCCAAAGCUUAACGAAGUGUCACAACGUCUGCUGGUGGGCCGGCAGACCAUCUUUCAGGCUGCAUUUGCGUACAUUCUUUCGUUGUAUAUUGGGUCCCAUGAUGUUGUGUUUGGUACUGUUUUUUCAGGUCGUACCUUGCCAGUCAAGGGCAUUGAGGCAAUUAUUGGUCCAUGUAUUCGUACAUUGCCAACACGCAUGAAUCUCGACAAAAUGCAAAAUGUAUCCGACCUUCUUCUCGCAAUUCAGAAUAUGAACCGCAGAUCUCUUGAACAUGGCAGCCUUCCUCUACAAGAAAUCAAAAAAGUUUCCGGGACUGACUUUCAUCGGAACCUCUUUGAUACUGCCCUGGUGUGGCAAGAAAGUGUCUGGACUAGUGACACUCAAGGUGCGCUGUUCCAUGAAGUUGACACGGCAGAGUUCCUGGAGUUUGUUGUCUUGUUGGAAUUUGAGCCUAGAGGCGACAAAAUCCAUGCCAAGGCAACUUACCAAAAUUCUGUCUUCCCUCCUGAACAAGCACAAAUACUUCUGGAACAGAUCGACUUGGUGGCAUCAAUUCUCAUCAAUACUCCUACGCUUCCUAUCAAUGAAGUUGAUUACCAUCUUCCCCAGUCAAGCUUGUCAAUCUUCAACCCCGAUCCUGAGACUCAGAGAAAUCGGUCAAGCCUUGUCACUGGGGUCGAGACGAUUGCCUUUAUCGAACCUACUCGAACGGCAAUUGAGGUUUUGCUUUCGACAGAUGAAAAUUGCACCUCGCCAGAAAUUCAAAGCAUUACAUAUGGCCAAUUGAACUCUCGGGCCAAUAAACUUGCCCAUUACUUAGUCCAGCAGGGGCUGACAAAGGAAAAUUUGGCUGCAAUCUACCUCGACAAAUCAAUCAACUCCUAUGUUUCCAUGCUAGCAGUCGCUAAAAUUGGAGCUGGGUUGUUGCCUCUCACCGAGCGGACAUCUUCACAGACGAUAGGAUCAAUUCGAGCAGCUUCGAACGUGCAGCCAUGGAUUAUUCGAACAUCUACAUCCCCCAAUGAUGUAGCAGUCUCUUUACAUUCAGUUUCUCAGAUCUUCCUCCCUGACUCUUUGAGCGAUUAUCCCGAUGACAAUCUUCUCACGACUCACGAUUCCUUCUAUAUUGUCUGUGCUGGUGAAAGGCCCACAGGUAACGACUUGAUGAGUCUGGCAUAUCUUUCUCACAAUAACCUGCAAAGCCAUAUCAACAUGCUGGCAGAUUGCUAUCCUACCACAGCGGGAUCGAAACUUCUUCAAGCUUCUUCACAGCUCAAUGCCUCGGUAAUUGAGUCAUUCUUCUCAUGGCACAUGGGGAUUACCCUGUGUGUAGCACAAAAUGAAGAUUUGGCAGGAAUGGCCUGCUCCAUAAUUAGGAAGAUGAACAUCACCCAUCUCCAUUUGACUCCCACGUUGGCCUCUCGCUUGACCCCCGAGGAUGUUCCAAGUGUUCGAUUCCUGCUUACAUCGGGCGAAACAUUGACGGCCAAGGUGCGUCGAGACUGGUCAGGCAAUGGACUUCAUCAUGGCUACGGCUCUAUCGGUUUGGCCGGUGUUUGCACCUUAAUUCCCAACUUCCAAAGCUCAAAUUCUCUUGCAAAUAUCGGCGCCCCACUUAGUAACACGUCUGUGAUGAUUGUAUCGGGCGAACCUUCAUUAAAGAUUGUUCCACGUGGUGCAGUUGGAGAAGUAUGCUUCGGAGGAGACCAAGUUGGGCGCGUAUUUCCUGAUUACCAUCCUGCGCUCGGUGGGUCUUUCGUAAGUCACCCGCAAUUUGGCCGAUUCUACAGAAGUGGAGAUCAUGGUAGGUUUCUUCCAGAUGGAUCUAUUUUGGUGGCUCCCUGGCAUGACCAGACCGGAUUGAAGGACCAGUUUGCUGCCUUUGAAGAGACUGACAAUGCCAUUAUCUCUUCGGACUUUGUCGAAGAUGCCGUGAGCAUGAUUUUGAGCAACCCUCUCACUAAUCAGCAGCAAUUGAUAACUGCCUGGGUGCCUUCGAAACAUUUCAAAGACCCAUCCGACUCUGAGAAUCUUGCCCUUGCAAUCAAAUAUCUUUUCGAGGAACUCAGCAAAAAGCUUCCAACAUCUGCAGUUCCUUCUCUUCUUGUUCCAAUGGACAGAUUGCCUAUGACAGAGUUUUACAUGACGGACUAUACAAGGAUUCGGGAAUAUAUUGGAAGGAUGAGUCUAGACAGACUCUCGACCUUCUCCUGCAAUGGCGCCCACGAAUCUGAUGCCGAUUUUACUGACAUUGAGAAGACCAUUGCAAUAGCUCUGUCAGCAGUGACUGGACUCGACCAACAGAGUAUCGGCAGAAGCACAUCCUUUUAUAGGCUGGGAUUGGAUUCUCUAAGUGCCAUUUCUUUGUCGCGAAAAUUACAAGAUUUAGGCUGUGGAAGACUUGCUGUGUCUACAAUCCUGCGCCAUAGCUCUGUUGCACAGUUGGCCACUGUUGUUCCUGGGAUGACCAAUGGUCACAAACCUACGCAGCCGACCCCAAAAACCCACUCCACUUUCGCCUUUGAUGAAAAUUUCACUGCUGGAAUAAAAGAUGGUUUCCAGAAUGAGGGCACUUCUGUCCAAGGCAUUUACCCAUGCACGCCGCUACAGGAGGCAAUGCUAGCAGCCGAAUCUGAUACAAACUCGGCGUACUUCAACCAUAUUUUGCUUCGCGUGAACACGAAUAUUAGGGACUUGGAAAACGCAUGGGAUCAGAUGUUGCAUCGGCAUGAUAUUCUCAGAACUUGCUUCAGGUCGACCAAUGACAAGCAAUUCGCAUUUGCACAGGUCGUCCUAGACAAGGCAAACCUACCUUGGUCUUGUGUGGAAACAUCCUCCCACGAGCUCAGUGAGGACGUUUUGAAAAGAAAAUUGGAGUUUGAGCGUCAGUCACCAGUCAAUGGCAAGCUUCCCUACUCAUUGACUAUCCUCACAGAGGACUCGGCACAAAGGGCCCAUCUCCUGCUGUCAAUUCACCACGCCUUGUAUGAUGGAGAAGGCAUAGCGAAUUUAUUGCAGGAUCUCGAACUUGCCCUUGCGGGCCAAACACUGCCGAAGACCACGCCCUUCCACAGGUUUAUCGAAUAUAUGGCCUCCGCUAGUUCUGAUGAAUCUGACAAAUUUUGGGAUCGCUAUCUAGCCGGUGUGACACCAAUACUCUUACCCACCCUCAAGGGAUCUCAAGGCUCAACAGAUUCAUCCGCCUCAGAGCAGGUCCAUCUGAUUGUCAGUAACUCUCUCGCCUCUUUCAAACAGCAGUGCAAAGGACUCUCUGUGACCCCUUUGAAUAUUUUCCAUGCUGCUUGGGCAAGAUUACUAGCUUUGUGUUCCAACUCGUCAGAUGUCUGCUUUGGCAAUGUGUUCGGAUGUCGAACCAUUCCCCUGGAUGGUGUGGAUAGGAUAGUUGGGCCCUGCUUUAACACACUUCCCAUGCGAGUCAGGCUUUCCCAAACUUCAACAAAUGCGGAUAUCAUGAAGCUAUCCCAGAAACACAACAGUGAUAUUUUGCCUCACCAGCUUACCUCUUUGCGUCGCAUCCAAAGGCGCUCCUUGUAUGGGGGCUCUCAGCUCUUUGACACUCUGAUCAUUCUUCAGCAGAGUAAAACGGACUUGGAUCCGCGUUAUUGGGAGCUUCUUCAAGAUGAAGGAAACAUGGGAUUUCCUCUAAUCUGUGAAAUUGUUCCUGAUGAGAAAGAAAACAACAUUUCGAUGUGUCUCCAUUUCCAUACAUCUUUCCUGACGCAAGAUGUGGCAGAAAACCUUGCAAGAGGCUUCUUGGCUCUCGUUGAGCACACCGUGCGAUAUCCAUUCGCACAGGCUUCCGACAAGGGGUCAGCAAGCAUCACUCAACUAUUCGAAACAAGAAAAAGCCGGAACGACGUUUCUACUCAACACUCUUCGGAUAAGCUACAGACAGCUCGCCCAUGGUCUGAUCAGGAAGAGACACUCCGACAUAUUGUGUCCGAUUUUACAGGUACCAAUACGGAAGCUGUUUCAUUGCAUACCACCAUCUUUCAACUUGGGCUCGACAGUAUCCAUGCUGUUCAAAUUUCGGGGAGACUUCGCAAACUGGGAUAUAAGAUAUCAGCAGGUGAUAUUCUCGAGGCUGCUUCAAUUGACAAGAUUGCAUCGCUCCUCAUAAUUGGAGAGAACGAGACCCAGAAUGAAAAGUUUGACUUUGCAUCGUUUGAAAAUCAACAUCUUCAAUCCGUCUGCGAGCAAUUUGGCAUUGCUUCCCACACAGUGCAGGCUUUGCGACCUUGCACGCCUGUUCAGAAUGGAAUGUUGGCCCUUUUCACCAAUUCUCAUGGCAAAACAUACUUUAAUCGCAUGUCAUUGAAUUCCUCGGUGCCGUUGAGCAAUGCGACAUUGAAGAAGGCUUGGACCAAAGUUGUUGCUCAACAUGAGAUGCUACGGACUGGUUUCGUUCAACUGCGUGAUCCGCAAUAUCCGUUUGCCAUGGUUACCUACAAAGAAGAUAUUGAAAUCCCAUGGAAGGAGGUAACAAAAUCUACUACAGAUAAGCACGAUGAUCAAGAACAACGAGUCCUUGACAGCCUUUACCGACCCCCGUGGCAGAUUACCAUUGAGACUUCUGAGGAAGUAGCCACUGUGACUUUCUCUGCACUUCAUGCUCUUUAUGAUGCACAAUCUCUUGAGACAAUCUUCUCCGAUGUGAUGACAGCAUAUGAAGGGAAACGACUGGCCGAAGCUCCUUCAAUUGAGACCACUCUUGGUCCCAUUUUAAUCGAAAGCAGCCAAACCCAAGCCGCAAAAGAGUUCUGGAAAGGACUGGUUACAGAAGUGCACCCAUUCAAGUUUCCAGACUUGCAUCCUAUUCGCAUAGAAAGUAAAAAGCUUUUGAGCAACUCUAUUCGCUCCUCGCAGACGACUGAGGCCCUUGAAGCUCAAUGUCGUGACGUUGGUGUUACAUUGCAAGCAGCUGGGCAAGCAGCAUGGGCCCGGCUUCUCGCUGCGUAUACAGGUGAACAAAAUGUCACUUUUGGUACUGUUCUUUCUGGUCGCAAUCUAUCGGAAGCAUCACAGAAUGCAGUAUUUCCAUGUCUGGUGACCGUUCCGUCUCCUCAGCGCGUCGAAGGAAGCAAUCAGGAACUAUUGAACCGCAUCUUGAAGAGAAACGCGUCCUUGACCAAACAUCAGUUCACACCACUUGCACAAGUCCAACGCUGGCUUGGAAGCGACGAGCCUCUAUUUGACACACUUUUUGUCUACCAAAAGUUCAGUUCGCCUUCAAGUGGCUCCAAACCCUGGAACGUCAUUGACGAGGAGACAAGAAUCGAUUACCCCGUAUCCAUUGAACUGGUCCCAUUAUCAACCGGUCUCGAGAUCCGAAUCAGCUACAGAAACGACAUUUUCCCCCAGGAUCAAGCCAUGCUUCUUUUGAAUCAGUACGACAAGCUAUUGGAGCAGACACUUUUCUCUCCAGAAUCUAGCUCGGAUGAGUAUCUGUUCCUUGAGAGCCAGUUUCUCUCCAUAACUCCUGCCAAGGAGAAGACCUUGCCUACAUCAGUGUCUUUGUUGCAUCAAUUUGUUGAGGACAACGCCACCAAGAUCUCAGAGAAGACUGCAUUUGAGUUUGCAUUCGGUGUUGACGUAGACAACCUCCAAAUGAAGACUUGGUCUUACCGGCAAUUGAAUGAAGAUGGUAACCGAAUUGCCAAUUUCUUGCAGAGCAAGGGCGUUAAUCCAGGUGGAAUGAUUGCAAUUUGUUUCGAUAAAUGUCCCGAGGCGUCCAUCGCUAUACUAGGCAUUCUCAAAGCUGGCUGUGCAUACUUGGCCAUCGAUCCAUCUGCUCCUAUCUCUCGCAAGCAGUUCAUCGUGGAAGAUUCAAAUUCCAAAGUUCUGCUUUGCAGUCUGUCGAAAAAGCUGGAGCUCCAUGACCUGUCUGGUGUGGAAAUUCAUGCCCUAGAUGAGCCUGGUGUAUACCAGAAUUUCCCCAGUGGUCCUCCUGUGCUUUCACGCAAAAUAAAGCCAAAUGACACAUGCUAUUGCCUGUACACAUCAGGAACGACCGGCACGCCAAAGGGCUGUGAAAUUACUCAUGACAAUGCCGUGCAGGCUAUGCUAGCGUUUCAAAGACUGUUUUCGCCACACUGGGAUGAAGACUCUCGCUGGCUACAAUUUGCGUCCUUUCAUUUUGACGUCAGUGUCCUUGAGCAGUACUGGAGCUGGAGUGUUGGAAUCUGUGUGACUUCUUGUCCGCGCGAUCUGCUGUUCGAAAAUUUGCCAGGAACGAUUCAAAAGCUUCAAAUCACACACAUUGAUUUGACACCCAGCUUGGCAAGAUUGGUGCACCCAGAUGAGGUUCCUUCCCUCUGUCGCGGAGUAUUUAUCACUGGCGGAGAAGCCCUGAAGCAGGAGAUUCUUGACGCCUGGGGCCACCAUGGCGUUAUCUACAAUGGAUACGGUCCAACCGAAGUCACCAUCGGAUGUACCAUGCUUCCCCGGAUGCAGGCCAAUGAUAAGCCCUCAAAUAUUGGACCCCAGUUUGACAAUGUUGGCUCCUAUGUUUUCCGUCCUGGAACAUCAACGCCUGUUUUGCGCGGUGGUCUUGGCGAGCUUUGCGUCUCUGGUCCACUUGUUGGAAAGGGGUACUUAAACAGAGCAGAGCUGACGAAGGAGCGAUUCCAGGACUUGUCUGAGUUUGAAGAUCGCAUCUACCGAACAGGCGAUUUGGUCAGGAUUUUAUCUGAUGGCAGUUUCCAAUUCCUCGGUCGAAUUGAUGAUCAAGUCAAGUUACGCGGGCAACGACUUGAGAUUGGAGAGAUCAAUGAAGUCAUCAAACAAGCAACGCCCGAAUUGAAUGAAAUUGCUACGCUGGUUGUCAAGCAUCCCAAGCAGUCCAAAGACCAGCUCGUUUCUUUUGUCACCAAGGUAGGUGCCGAUAAGAAAUCUCGUUCAGUGGAAAUUGACACCUCCAAUCACAUUGGAUUUUUCCUGUCAACCAUCAAGGCGGCUUGUCAUGCACGACUCCCAGGAUAUAUGGUGCCAACACAUAUUAUCCCACUGACUCGGUUUCCUCUGUCUGCCAAUAACAAGGCCGAUAUGAAGGUCUUGAAGAGUCUUUACCAAGAACUUUCUCUGGAUGAGAUCCAAGCAUUGACUGCGAUGGUUGUCGACCAAACAGUGAAAAGUACAUACGAAGAGAAUAUCAUUGCUGUGCUAUCGGACUUCAUUGGAUCCACAGACUUGGUCAUCUCGUCGUGGUCAAGUAUUUACGAAUUGGGCCUUGAUUCCAUCUCUGUGAUUUCCUUUUCUAGGAAUCUCAGAGAGGCCGGCUUCCCCAAUGCUCAGCCAUCCUUGAUAAUGAAGUAUCCCACGAUUGCCGCCAUGGCCUCGGCUAUACAGGAAAUUACAGGCAGCGCCUCGUCAAUGAACAAUCUUCACCAAAAUUCAAAGCAGGUCAUUCAAGCCUUUGCUCACAAGCAUUCACAUUCCAUAAUCGCAAGCAUCGGCGUGAUUGAAAGCGACGUCGAACAGAUUGCGCCUUGUACGCCGCUCCAGGAAGGAAUAAUCUAUCAUUUCCUGUCGAGCGCUACACCCAUGUAUUGCUCUUCUUUCAGCUUCGAAUUAAACUCAAACAUUGAUUUGGAUAAACUAAAGGCAAGUUGGGAGCAGGCGCAAAGCCAAGUUCAAAUGUUGCGCGCUCGAUUCUCACCCUCGUCGGAUGGUUAUGCUCAAGUCAUUCUCAAAAGAGAUAUGAUUCCUUGGUUCCACACGAAAAUUGCCUUUGAGGGGACAAUCGAGGAUUCCCGGAAACAGCAAAUUGAUCGAUGGACCUCCGAUCUUGGCGGUCAUUUUUCAAGACUUUGGGAGGUGGGAGUAAUUACCUCUCCCGAGAAGUCGACAAUGUGCCUCAAUAUGUUUCACGCUCUAUAUGAUGGCAACAGCUUGGGUCUUCUUCUUAACCUGGUUGCUGAUAUUUACCACUGUCAAUCGAUAGCUCUUCAAAGACCUCUACAGUUCUUUGAUAUAUUACAUCUUGGGCCUCUGUGCAAAGAUCCUGCAGCAGAGUCUUUCUGGAAAGAGCAUCUUGCAACUUGCCAGAUCCGCCCUCUGUCAAAUUCAGAAGAAGAGCCAAAAACCUCUUUCGUGAAGACCCUCGAUAUUGCUACCACAACCCACCUGGAUCAUCUGAGAAAGUCCCUCAACACCACUGAUCAAGCCAUUCUUCAUGCCUGCUGGUUGUUGACGCUUCACCGGCAGUUUGCCUUUGUCCCGCCACUUGGUAUUGUUGCUUCUGGUCGCACGAUUGAUAUUCCUGGAAUUGAAAAUGUCAUUGGUCCUUUGUUCAAUACAAUUCCAAGCAAUGUACAGCUUCGCGGGCUCAGGACAUGGGCAGAGGCCGCUCAGCGGUGUCACGAAUACCACGUUUCUACGAUGAGAUUCCAAUCCACUGCCCUUCGUGACAUUGUGAAAUGGCUCGGAAGGAUACCCGAUGAGCCCCUCUUUGAUUCGCUCUUUGUUUUCCAAAGGCACAAUGCUGAUGAAGACUCGUCAGCGCGUAGUCUGUGGAGUCCGAUCGACUCGGAGGCCGAGCAUGAGUAUCCGUUGGCGUUUGAAAUUGUGCGCCAUGGCAACAAAUAUCUCAACUUAACUCUUGCUGCAAAGAGCCAUGCUGUGUCUUCGGAGACAGCCCAAGAACUACUCUCGAACUUUGAGCAGGUCUUGUUUGAAUUUGCACAAAAUCCCAAUCAUGAAAUGCCUUAUCUCAACGGAGUUGCAGAACACCCUCAAGCUCAGAACAACGGAGAAUCCAAGUAUCAAGAAAGUCACAAUCAUCUUGGGAGUGAAUCUGCAUUCCAGUGGACUCCACAAGCUUGCAAAAUUCGCGAUGUCGUUUCAAGUCUUUCCGGGGUGGAUGCAGCUUCAAUCCGAGGAGAGACAUCUAUAUUUGAGGUUGGCUUGGACAGUAUUGAUGCUAUAAAGUUGUCGUCUAGGCUGAGCAAAGUGGGAAUCAAGCUUCCUGUUAGCAUCAUCAUGCGUGGCCGCACAGUCAAAGCUUUGAUCAGUGAACUGGCUGUCCCAACCCAUGAGGAGCAGAAUGGCACAUAUCCAUUAUUGGGUCAAAUCGAACGAUCUCUGACAAAGUUCCUUGAGAAGGAAAACCUUUUACCUCGAGGUGCCUGUCGAGUUCUCCCAGCUACUCCAAUUCAAGAAGCUAUGGUGGCAGAGAUGGCUGCUUCUGGAUAUAAAUUUUACUACAACCAUGAGGUUCUCAAAUUAGAGCCGCAGGUCGAUCGCACAAAGCUACAGGAGGCGUGGACCUCUGUUGUUAAAACUCACUCCAUCCUACGUACAUCGUUUGUUGAGGUUUGGGAUCCCGAGAUACCCACUUCAUUUGCUCAGAUCGUUCAUAGUGAGGAUACUUUCGAUUUCCAAACUGUGCAUCUGGAUGGAUCACCAGUGGAUUCUAUUAUUGAAUUACAGCGCAAGAGAGCCUUUACCGAACUCGCGAACUUGCCGCUUCUGACAGUCACUAUCGCCAUCGAUGGGGAUGAUCAUUAUCUCAUUUUGUCUAUUGCACAUGCUCUGUACGAUGGCUGGUCAAUCAACCUGCUACAUGAGGAUGUGAUUAGAUCCUACUCCGGAGAAGAUUGCACUCGUCCAUCUGCUGAUUCGAUUUUGGAGCAAGUCCUCGUAUCUUCGGGAGAACAGGCUUCCAACUUCUGGAGAGCAGCACUGUCUAACUGUAUGCCAGUCCCCUUCCCACCAGGCAGUCAUUCAGAUGCAGCUUCGAGUGUGGUCCACCGUGCAGAGAGGCCUCUAUCUGUAUCGUCCGAGAGGGCCAAUGCCUUUUGCAGGCGUAAUGGCAUCACCAUGCAAGCACUUUUGGUAAGCUGCUGGUCCCUUGUUCUGGCUACACAUGUCAGAAGGCUGGAUGUUGUCUUUGGCCUAGUUUUAUCUGGUCGCAACGUCGCAGAUUCAGAGGAUGUGAUGUUCCCAACCAUGAAUACUGUGGCCAUGCGUGCCAUUCUACAUGGUACCCGUCUGGAAAUGGUCAAGUAUGUCCAAGAGACAUUGUUGGAGAUCUCCGAGUACCAACAUUUCCCGCUGCGACGUGCUAGACCUGACACCACAUCGCAUCAACUUUUUGAUACGCUUUUCAUCUACCAGAAAAGACCGUCCGGAGGUGAACACGCCGGGCAAGCUCUCUACAAAUCUACUGGAGCUGGUGCAUCAGAGGUCGAAUACCCGGUCUGUGCGGAGGUAGAAAGUGUUGGAGAGAGCCUCGUGGGUCGAGUGGCUUGUCGCGGCAGUGUGCUUGGAGAACAAGAUAGCCUGGACUUGCUAGAACAUAUGGCACAUGUCUUGUUAGCAAUUGUGGAUGAGCCAGCCCAACAGACCGUUAAUUUCAGUGGAGAGGCCAUGAAUAUUUGUGGCUACCUGGUCUCCCAAAAAUACUCUGUUCAAGAAGUGGAAGCCGGAGCACCGCAUCAGGAGUCUGGUCCACGGCAAUGGUCACUUAUCGAGUCAAAAAUCCGCAACGUCCUUGCCGUUGUCUCCGGGGUGCCUGAGAACACAAUUGAUCCGAAGGCCAAUAUCUUUCAGCUCGGCUUGGACAGUAUCAGUGCCAUCAAGGUCGCUGCACUUUUAAAGAAGCAAUCAGUGAGGUUGACUGUCAGUGACAUGCUCAAAGCAGGCACGAUUGAGAAGAUGGCGGCAGCAGUGGACACCAAUUAUGCGGACCUCACACCAAUGGAGAUUGCCAAUGCCCUUGAGGAGUCGCUCGUUGACAUUGAAACUACACCACUGCUUCAGUCCUGUGGUUUUGAAUUGGAUCAAGUUCAACAAAUAAUUCCUGCUACAGCUGGACAGACCUACUUCCUGGCAAUGCAUUCCUUGAAUCCCAAAGUGUUCUAUCCCAAGUUCCUUUACUUGUCUUCAAGGCAAUUGAGCCCGGAGAUUCUUGACAAUGCAUGGUCUCGUCUUAAAGAGCAGACUCAGAUUCUUCGAACGGCGUUCGUUCCUACCAAUGAUGCGCGGUUGCCUUACGUCCAGGUUAUCUUCCAAUCGGAUCAAAUUCCUGUGCUUUGGCAUGAAGCACUCGACGAUCAGCUUGCCGCCGCAAGUGCUGAUCGGGAGUUUGGUUCGGUGCCAGUCGCUCUGCAUGCCUGUCAGACUAGUGAGGGCACGGUGGUUACCUUGAAGAUUCACCACGCUCUCUACGAUGCAAUCAGUCUGCCAUACAUGAUGGAUGAACUUGCCCAGCUCUGCGACAACAUGCAGACCCAAUCAAAAUCCGAGUCUCGCGACAUUUCCCAUCUCGUGGCCGUUCAGCACGUUCAUUCGCCCGUUAGAGUUCGGCGCCUAUUCUGGGAAAAAUACCUGGACCAAAUUGCAAUCCGGGGGAGUGAAAGUCCACAAUUGAGUGAGUUCGGCGCUAUUCAGCAACACUACCGACCGGGGCUCGUCCCGAACAUGUCUCAGAUUGAGAAGGCCGCGAAGCUUCAGGGCCUCAGUGUCCAAUCAAUUUUCCUGGCAGUGUAUGCUCGAUUGCAUGCCCAGACUUUCAAGAGUUCUGAUGGUCUUGUGGUUGGACUGUAUCUCGCCAAUCGUUCGUUCGUCACAGAGGGGCUAUCCGAACUUGUUGCUCCUACUGUCAAUAUUGUUCCACUGCGCCUGGACAACAAAUUCCACAGGACUGACAACUCGCUCUUUUCUGCGGCCAAGAAGAUUCAGGACGACAUCAAUCUGAUCAGUAUGGUUGAGCAUUCUUGUGUAUCUCUAGUGGAGAUUGCUGAAUGGACCGGGGUCCGCAUCAAUACUUGUAUCAACUUCCUGCGUCUGCCUAAUGUGGAAGACUCCACCAGCACCAUCACCGACCGGGUGACCUUCAAGUCUAUUCCAUAUGAAGACUUUGAAAAAUCCAAUGGGACCAAGCUUUGCAAAGCCGCUUCGUCCUUGGCCAAUGGUGACACUACAGUGCCCGCUUCCACGCAAUCAAUGCGGGUCGCUGCUUCAACGGCGUCUAUGAAAGACGUAUUCUUGCCUACGAUCGACGUGGAGGCAGCCAUCCGAGAGGACCGAUUGGACUUUGGACUCUUUGCCUCAGAUUCUCGACUGGGUCAUGACACUGCGAUCCAGAUGAUUGAGAGAAUGCAGCAGGACAUGAAAGCCCUAGCUGAAGAAGCUCAAUGAUAUCCUGGAAAUAGCGACCAGUAUCCCGAGCGAGGGGCUUCGUCGCCCUGACAAUCUUUUAUUUUCAUUUCCCAUUUCUUGUUCUUCUUUCUCCGUUUUCCUUUGUUUCCAAACUGUCUCCUUUCCUGUGCAUAUAUUGCUUUUGUGGAGUUUUGGAUGUGUUCGCUUUCAAUAAAUCAUAAAUCGUCCGUUGCAUAGAAACCCGAGGGGCCGUAUACAACGGGACCCACGGGACGGGACGAGCGGAUCCCGACAUAUGGCCCCCGCUAAGCAUAGAGCAUUGUUGAUACCAUAUAGAUACUCCGUACCAAUUUCAUGACUUCAGAUGACCAAAUAGGAUCUUGGGCUCUCAAC